AUGUCAAGAGAUGAGAAAUACCAGGCCGGAGAGGCAUAUGGUGACUCAGAAGAAGAGCCUUCUGGUUUACUUGCCAAUGCCAGCAACCUUGCCAAGUAUCUCUGGAACACGAAUGCUGUUGCCAGAUAUUUCUGGAGCAACUCUGCUGGAGUUGAGCAUCAGGUGACCCCAAAAGAGCUAGGUGAUCUUAUUACAGGCCUUGCGCAGAAGGGGCAGCCACUUGAUGACAAGAAAGCCACCACCGAGGUCUUGAUUGGUAUCCUUACUUCUCUGCCUCGCUCGUCCAGGCUCAGAACUAAGUUCACAAACAAGCUUAUCGAGACGCUUUGGGGUAAUCUGCAACAUCCACCACAGAGCUAUGUCGGAGGACAAAUCGGCUUUGAGGCUGUCAAUGCCCAGAACCCAGCGCCAAAACGUAACGAUAGUCUCGGUGACUUCAUCGAGUAUACAGCCCCCGACAGCAAUAUUCUGCUACGACAGAGCGCCUCACAUCCACUCAACGGUCUUUACCAAUAUCGUCAGCCUGAUGGAGGCUUUAACAACAUCCUCGAACCAAACCUGGGAAGAGCUGGUAUGCCCUAUGCCAAGAGUGUCCGACCUCUCAAACGGCUUCACGGUGUUAAACCUGAGCCCGGUCUGCUGUUCGACCUCUUGAUGGCUCGUGACGAUGAAAGUUUCAGAGAGAACCCUGCAGGCAUCUCGUCCAUGCUCUUCUAUCAUGCAUCCGUCAUCAUUCACGACAUCUUCCGCACCAACCGUACAGACACGAACAGAUCUGAUACGUCAUCAUAUCUUGACCUGGCACCUCUGUAUGGUUCAUCCCUCAAGGACCAGCUGGAAAUCCGCACCAUGAAAGAGGGCAAGCUAAAGCCUGACACCUUCCAUGAGAGGCGUCUGAUAGGGCAGCCACCUGGCGUGAACGUCAUGCUCGUCCUGUACAACCGAUUCCAUAAUUACGUUGCGGACAUCUUGCUCAAAAUCAACGAAAAUGGACGUUUUACACUGGCAUGUCCGCCUAAUGCCAGCGCAGAGGACAAGGCUCGGGCCAUAGCCAAACAAGAUCACGAUUUGUUCAACACAGCUCGUUUGAUCGUCGGGGGUUUGUACAUCAACAUUUCCUUGCAUGACUACCUGCGUGCCAUCACCAAUACGCAUCACUCCAACAGUGACUGGACUUUAGACCCCCGCGUCGACACUGGCAGCGUGGGAGAUGAUGGCGUCCCACGAGGUGUUGGCAACCAAGUCAGCGUGGAAUUUAACCUUCUAUACCGAUUCCAUUCAUGUAUUUCCAAGAAGGAUGAACGCUGGAUUAACAACUUCUUCCUCAAACUCUUUCCAGGUCGCACCGCCAAUGAUAUAGGGGAUGUGAGCGAUACUGAGAUUGGCCGAGCUUUCGCCCUGUUUGAUCAGAGCAUUCCAAAGGACCCAAGCGUCCGAACCUUCGACGGCCUGGAGCGUCAAGAAAACGGAACAUUCAGGGAUGAGGACCUUGUUCGCAUUCUUAAAGAUGCAAUGGAGGACCCAGCUGGUUGCUUUGGUGCCCGCAUGGUCCCAAAGGUACUCAAGAUCGUCGAAGUGCUUGGUAUCAUUCAAGCUCGCAAAUGGCAGGUCGCAUCAUUGAACGAGUUCCGCGAGUUCUUUGGCCUGAAGCGAUACGAUACGUUCAGUGGAAUCAACUCAAAUGAAGAGAUUGCCUCGAUUCUGGAGAAGCUGUACUCAGAUCCUGACAUGGUAGAGCUCUACCCUGGCCUCAUGAUUGAGGACAUCAAGCCAGCCCGCAACACAGGCUGCGGAAUCUGUCCCACGUACUCAGUUGGAAGAGCUGUCCUCUCUGACGCGGUCACACUCGUACGGUCAGACCGGUUCAACACCAUCGACUACACAGUCGCGAACCUUACAAGCUGGGGCUACAAUGAGGUACAGCAGGACUACAAGACUCUUGGUGGCUCAAUGCUGUACAAGCUGAUCCAGCGAGGCGUUCCCGGCUGGUUCCCCUACAACUCAAUCGCUAUCAUGCAGCCAAUGUUCACCAAAGCAACAAACGAGAAGAUUUCCAAAGAGCUCGGGACGUUCGGCCAGUACACACUAGACGAUCCAAAGCCCCCCGCAAAGCCAGUGAUCGUCACGACAGGUGCGGCCAUCAAGAAAGUGCUUGACAACCCCAAGCAAUUCGCUGUGCCUUGGCUCAAGCCUUUGAACUCGUUGAUCCCAGGCAAGGACGUGAGUUGGUUCAUGUUGGCUGGUGACGAGCCGCACAACCGUGAGCACCGAGCCAGUUUCAUGAAAGCUCUGGGUAGCAUCCCAAACUUGCACGCAGCUGUCCCAGAGUUUAUCAACCGCGUGGGAACGCAACUGAUACAGAAAGAGAGCUUUAAGAUCAAAGACGGACUUGACCAGAUCGACCUGAUCCGCGAUGUCGCCAUUCCGCUCAACACCCGGCUCCUGGCGGAUCUCUUCUACUUCGACUUACGCUCCGACGAGAAUCCAAACGGUACGUUUGGUACGGCCGAGCUGUAUGGACAUUUAUCCAACAUUCGAACCUGGGGCGUCAACAACAAUGACCCUGGCCAGGCUUGGAACCGUCGCCGCCGGGCUCAAGAAAGUGCGAAAGUAAUUAUUGACGCAACCCGCAGGUUAGUCGACGACGUCAACUUGAAUCGCGGUUCCGGAUUAGGGAUCAGCAAACUCAUCCACAAGGGUUUCGCUAGGAAGGACUCCCUGCGUGCUUGUGGCAGGAAGCUUGUUGAGGAGCUUCUGGAUCAGGGCAAUUCACCCGAGAGGGUUGUCGAUAAUCUGUGGCUCACAUCCUUUGGUGGAGUUGGUGUUCCAGUUACUGCAUUUUAUGAAGUCCUAGAGUUCUUCCUGCGCUCGGAGAAUGCAUCCAUCUGGUCCGAAGUCCGGAACCUUGCUCAAAAGAAUGAUGAUAAAUCCCUUCGCGCAUAUGUCGUCGAGGCUCAACGCCUCACGAGCUCACAGCGUAAUGUACGCAUCGCAACACAGCCAAAUACGCUUGAGGACAAGCAGGUCCAGCCGGGAAAUCCCGUCGUUUUGAUGCUUGGAGUGGCUGGGCGCGAUCCAUCGGAAGUGACUAAUCCAACCAAGUUUGACCCAAAGCGUAAGCCGAAUUCUAUAACUUCUUUCAGUUACGGCCAGCAUGAGUGCUUGGCCAAAGAGGUGGCACUCAGCUUCAUGACCGGACUCGUCAAGAUCUCUGCCAAUCUCAACCAAUUACGUCCGGCGCCAGGUGCGAUGGGACAAGUCAAAACCAUCGUCGUCGGUACCGAGAAGGCAUAUCUUAACGAUAGCUGGUCUUACCUUACCUUUGAUGCCAACACCUGGAAGCUCCAUUUCAAUGGUUAUGUGAGGGACACCAUCUAG